UCCUCGCGUGGUGAAUGAACGAGCCUGUUUAACAUAUCCACACCGACGUCAUCCGGUGAAGGUGGAUCACGCCGUGCAGCGUUCUUCUUCUUCUUCUAUAAAACCCCCCGCGGACCGCGCGCUCCGCAGGAACAGUCGGUGACCGGUUCUGGAGGAAGCUCGAGGCGACGGAGAAAGAAACUUUGCUCAUUGGAGCCUGAGCGGAUUCUAGUUUGUCUUCCUGCCGGGACUCUGCCGGGACUCUGCCCGCAGAUUUCACAGAGGAGGAGGAGGAAGCCGGAGGAGGAGGAGGAGGAAGCCGGAGGAGCAGCCUCACGCACCGCCGCCGGGACCGAGGCGCCUGGACGCGCACCUACAGGUGGAUGCUGCGGAGCGGACCGGCCCGCAGGAGAUGAUGAUGUUCGGCCUGGCCCAGUUCGGGGCGCUGUCGGCUCUGGCCACGGCGCUCACCUCGGUGCUGUCCGCGCUGCUGCUGCUGGCGCUCACCCGGCAGCUGUGGAGCCUCCGCUGGAGCCUGACGCGGGACAAGGAGAGCAGCCUGCCGCUGCCCAGGGGCUCCAUGGGCUGGCCGCUGGUCGGGGAGACGUUCCACUGGCUGUUCCAGGGCUCCAACUUCCACAUCUCUCGCCGGGAACGCCACGGCAACGUGUUCAAGACCCACCUGCUCGGGAAGCCCGUCGUCCGGGUGACGGGCGCAGAGAACAUCCGCAAGAUCCUGCUGGGCGAGCACAGCCUGGUGUGCACCCAGUGGCCCCAGAGCACCCGCAUCAUCCUGGGGCCCAACACGCUGGUCAACUCCAUCGGGGACCUGCACAAGAGGAAGAGAAAGAUCCUGGCCAAAGUGUUCAGCCGGGGGGCUCUGGAGUCGUACCUGCCGCGGCUGCAGGACGUGGUCAAGUCGGAGAUCGCCAAGUGGUGCGCGGCACCGGGCGCCAUCGACGUCUAUGCCGCCGCCAAGUCCUUGACGUUCCGCGUCGCCGUCAGGGUUCUGCUGGGCCUGCAGCUGGAGGAGGAGCGGACCGUCUACCUGGCUGGGAUCUUCGAGCAGCUCAUGAACAACCUGUUCUCGCUGCCCAUAGACGCGCCGCUCAGUGGCCUCCGCAAGGGAAUAAAAGCCAGAGAAAUCCUGCACGCCAACAUGGAGAAGAUCAUUGAGGAAAAGAUGGCGCGGCAGCAGGCGGAGGACGAGUACCACGAUGCCUUCGACUACAUCCUGUCCAGUGCCAAGGAGCACGGCCAGCAGCUCAGCAUCCAGGAGCUGAAGGAAACGGCAGUAGAGUUGAUCUUCGCCGCUCACUCCACCACAGCCAGCGCCUCCACGUCGCUGGUUCUGCAGCUCCUCCGUCACCCGGCGGUGGUGGAGAGGGCCAGAGUGGAGCUGGAGGCCGAGGGCCUCGGCUACGAGCCCCACAGCAGCGGCGGCGACGGCUCCUCUGCCGUCGCCCCGGAGAAAGAGGUUGAAGCCGGCGUCACGGAGACGAGCCGCCUGCUGAAUCACAGUUUCCCUCGGCCUCGGUCUCACGUGCUGUACCUGAGCCUGGACAAGCUGAGCCAGCUGCGCUAUGUCGACUGCGUCAUCAAAGAGGUGCUCCGCUUCCUGCCGCCGGUCUCCGGUGGUUACCGAACUGCCCUGCAGACGUUCGAAUUAGACGGCUACCAGAUCCCCAAGGGCUGGAGUGUAAUGUACAGCAUCCGGGACACCCAUGAGACGGCAGCGGCAUUCCAGAGUCCAGAGCUGUUUGACCCAGACCGGUUCGGUCCGGACCGGGAGGAGAGCAGGUCGGCGCGGUUCAGCUACGUGCCGUUCGGCGGCGGCGUGCGGAGCUGCGUGGGGAAGGAGCUGGCACAGAUCGUCCUAAAGACUCUGGCUGUGGAGCUGAUGGCGACGUGCAGAUGGACUCUGGCCACAGAAACCUUUCCCAAGAUGCAGACGGUGCCGAUCGUCCAUCCAGUCAACGGGCUGCAUGUGCGCUUCACUUACAACUACCCACUUUAGAAACAAACUCAGACUGAGGACUUUCCAGAAAAGAAAGAAAACUCAAAGAGUCAAGAGGCAAUUUAACCUUUAAAUGUGCUUCAGGAAAAAAACAACUCUCCGAACCCAAGAAAGAACACAGAACCACAGUGCCGGUCCUGGUGGUGCAGUUCACGCCCCCUUUUUCAUUUCCAUGGAAACAGACUGUGUGUGAAACACCUGAGGGGCAAAACGGCUGCUCCCACAUAGAUGCAAUAAAAAAAAUAUAUAUACAAGAUUUCAUGGAUACAAGCCAAGGCAAGAAACUACGCUCCGCGCAUGCUCACCAGUCGCUGAGCUAAUGUCGAUAGCGCACAACUAGACAACUACACAUCAACUGUGACCAGUAGCAGAAUCCACACAACACACUAACCGACCUGACGAAGACAUACACCCCCCCCCCCCCCCGACCCUGCACCUCACCGAUGCUUGUGUUCACUACAGAAGCUACAGCGUUAGCUACGGCGCUAGCUAGAUGCGUUAGCUAGAUGCGUUAGCUAGAUGCGUUAGCUUCAGUGUCAGCUAGAGUCGUCUCUGCUAGUUUUUAGGAAGUGAAUCAAAACUUAAAACAUCUUUCACAUAUUUAAGGGCCAUAUUAAAAAAAAAAUUGCAAAUAUGAUUGAAACAAAGCAUUGCAGAACAUGAGCGACAGCGCCCCCCAAUGGAAGGAGGCCAUGAUGGAAACAAACAGCUCUUCGAAGGCAAUAUGAGAGGAAACACCGCAGCAAUAUUUAUACAUAUUCAUAUUUUUGAAAAAAAUUAUAAUGGACACAACGAGCUUUAAAGAAAAGUUUUUGUGCAAAUUUUCUUAGAGAAUAUUUUUCCAUGCCGAUGGUUUACAUCGUUAGUUUGGAGUGUUUCAUCAUCUCCAGUCGUCUGGUCCGAACCUCAGAAACCACUUCCUGCAGCGUUUUUACAGGCACAUUUAGAUUUUUAAGUGUUUUGCAUUUUCUAAAUUAUUAAUGUAUCGUGGUCACGUUUUUCGCUCACUGAACACACACGUCGUUGACUCUUCGGUUUCUCUUCACAGAUUUAGCAUAAUUUCAAUAACACCCACUGAGCUGCAGUUUCAAUUUCAUAUUCUCUGUUAAUGCAUUUUUAACUUAUGAAAUAUCUUGACAAUACCAGGGAGUGUGAGCCCAGUUUGAUCCACAGACAGUAAAGAGCCUCGUGAACAGACUUCAGACGCAUUUUACUUUGACUAAAACCUGAGACCUACAACACAUAAGAGAAAAAAAGUUGUCUCUACAAACAAAGUGUGCAUCUCUGAGGACACGACUGUGUUGAAUGAGAUUCACAUUCACUUAUGUUUACAAAACUUUUAAAGAUUUGCCCACAGCCAAUUGGUCAAAUUUGUUUCAGACGCACUCACCUCUUGAUUCUGUCUCUGGUUCUUUUGGUCCUUAGAUGGUUUUAAGUUUCAUCUCGUGACCCUCGCCGACCCUUCAGGGCCGAGACGAGGACGCGUCGCCUGUGGAAAAACAAAAAGAUCGAGUCUUCAGAAAAAACACUUUGACCAGUCGACCUCAGUGCCACAAUGCAACGACACGUUCACUGGUGAAACUUGCACUUGAUUCCGACAAAAACACACAAUCUGGACUUUUUCUCCGAACAUCAACGUCUGACAUUCAAACUGUUCUGUUGUUUCAAUAUGAAUGUGCUUUACUGUAUAUCCUUAACAGUGCUAUUAUGUGUGUAUCAAAUGAAGUAGCAUUAUGAAUAAGCUGUAUUUAAAAACACAUUUCACUCUAUAAUGAUGAUAAUGAUGUUUACUGUAAUACGAUUAGAUAGAGACACUAACCUGUAAAGUAAGACUGUCCAUGAAACCUCGUUUCUCUCCUAGAACAUAGAAACCUCUCAUUGACUAGAGAGUAAAGUUAUUAUUAUUAUUAUUAUAUUAUUAUUGGUCUAAUUCUAGGACUGUUUCUGUGUUGUUGGUCUUGAGGCCUAAUGAGACGCGCUGUGAAAUCUUACGUACGUAUGGAUUCGUGGAAGGAGAUAGCACUUUCUCCACUUUAAGGAGUGUGUAUAUAUUUGUCCUGUGUGUGCGUUCACCAUGUAGCUGCUGUACAGUUGAUGUAAAGAGUAAAGUAGAAGACGGUU